UGCGGUAAGAAAGUUGGUGGUUUACGUAAAAGUCCUUGUCAUGAUUGAAAUAUGAAAAUGAAAAGAAAAAAAAAAUGUCUUCACCUUGUCUUAUGAAAUGAAACUCUGCACUUAGAUAUCUGCACAAAGAACAACAUCAACAAAUCCAUGGCGUCGUGUUCCAGCUAUGUCAUAACCUUUAUCUUUUUUAUCUCCCUCUGUUUUACUGCGGCUAGAGCUCAGGGACUUCAAUAUCAGUACCAAGUUUGCUCAAGAAACAAAUUCACUCCCAAUAGCACCUUCCAAACGCACCUCACAACCCUAUUCUCUUCUUUAUCUUCCAAAGCCUCCAACAAUGUUCAAUUCUUCAACAAUACCGUCACUGGGACAAACCCCUCAGACACAGUGUACGGACUAUUCAUGUGCAGAGGGGACAUCCCCUCCGACCUAUGUAAUAAUUGCGUCGGAAACGCGACACAGAGACUGUCCACAAACGGAGAUUGUUCGUUGUCCAUAGAAGCGGUGGUGUAUUACGACGAGUGCAUAGUUCGGUAUUCCAACCUCUCUUUCUUCGGCACCGCAGACAUGGAAGUGAGCUCAGGGUAUGUCCUGGCGAGCCCCAUCAACAUGACAAACCAAGAAAGCUUCAAGCGUUUGGUGUAUGUGAGCCUGAACGAAACGGCAGAUGAGGCAAUGAGUUCAGGGGACGGUGAGAAGUUCGCAACAAAGGAAACAGACAUAGAUAUAUUUCAGAAGCUGUAUUGUCUUGCGCAGUGCACGCCAGACCUGUCUCCGAGAGAUUGCAGAAGCUGUCUGAACAGUUUGAUAAAUUCGGAUCUUCCACGGUGCUGUGCAGGGAGGCAGGGAGGAAGAGUUUUAUAUCCUAACUGCGUCAUCAGGUUUGAAAUUUACCCUUUUUAUCGAUCUCUUGGUUCGGCUCCUACGCCAACACCGCCGCCGCCGAAAUUGGGAGAAAAUAAUUCGAGUAGAUCAAGAACAAUUAUCUUAGUUGUUGUACCCAUUGUUAGUUUGGCAAUUCUCUCUGCUUUUUGCUACUAUUUGCUAAGGAGAAGAGCAAGAAAGAGGUCAAAGCAUCUUCUUAAAGAAAAUUUUGGUGAAGAAAGCUCCAUUCUAGAAGGGUUGCAAUUUGAUUUGUCUACUGUUAAAUUAGCAACAAAUAAUUUUUCAAAUGAGAGUGAGAUUGGUAAAGGUGGAUUUGGAGAGGUUUAUAAGGGCAUUCUUCCAGAUGGACGACAUAUAGCCGUUAAAAGACUUUCAAUAGAAUCCAAACAAGGUUCAGUUGAAUUUAAAAAUGAGAUUUUGUUGAUAGCUAAGUUACAACAUAGGAAUCUUGUGGCAUUCAUGGGAUUUUGUUUAGAAGAGCAAGAAAAGAUCCUUAUUUAUGAGUAUGUGCCAAAUCAUAGUCUGGAUUACUUGUUAUUUGAUUUUGGCUUGGCUAGAAUUUUUGAUGUGGAUCAAAAUCGUGCUGAAACUGAUCGAAUCGUUGGAACUUAUGGUUAUAUGUCUCCUGAAUAUGCAAUGCUUGGACAAUUUUCUGAAAAGUCUGAUGUUUUUAGUUUUGGAAUUAUAGUUCUUGAGAUUAUUACCGGUAAAAAAAAUUCUCAUUCAUAUGAAUCCCACCACAUGGGAGAAGGUCUCAUGACUGAGGUGUGGAGAGAAUGGAAGAAUGAAACACCAAUGGGUAUAUUGGAUCAAAAUAUGAAAGAAAAUUAUAGUGAAAGUGAAGUUGUUAGAUGCCUUCAAAUUGGUUUAUUAUGUGUUCAAGAGAAUCCAAAUAUUAGACCUACGAUGGGAAGAGUAGUUUCCUAUCUUAAUAAUCAUUCACUUGAAUUGCCAUCACCUCAAGAACCUGCAUUUUUCUUACACGGAAUAGAUAAAAGAGCUGUGCAGCAAGGAUCAAGUUCCAGCAUUUCUGCAAACAGUUCCAUGCCAUUCUCUGUCAACGAGAUGUCUACAAGUAAUUUUUAUCCACGAUAA